CACACAUGCAUACAUAUCUAGCUCAACCAUUAUAUUCACCACCAAAUCGAUCAAAAAAAACUUCUGUUUUCUCUUCACAACAAAUGGCCAUGAAACCAACUUCUCCAAGCAAACCAUCUGGUGCUCAUUUACUGGAUAUUCAUGAAGAUGUCCCAGAAGAAGUUGAAGAACAAGUAGGAGAUGGAACGGCGAUGUCGAACAUAGUUGGUAGUAAUAAUAAUAAUAAUAAUAAUAAGCGUGCAAACAAACCACCAAAACCUAAACAACACAGGAGCUUUAACCGACAAGUGUCGCUUGAAACCGGGUUUUCAGUACUGAACAAAGAAUCUAAGGCUAAAGAUGAUAAGCGGGCGAUGCUUUCUAGUGGUAAAAGUUUUGGAGGGUUUGGGUCGACCAGCAGUAGAGAAGGGAUCAAGAAAGGAGAUUUUAGUAUGUUUAGGACUAAAUCAACUCUUAGUAAACAAAAUUCUUUGUUGCCCACUUUGCGGAAAGACCACAGCAAUGCUGCUGGUAAUGGUGUUGAUUGCCAUAAAACAGACUUUCAUGGUGGCUUAGGAGGAGGCGAAGGAAGUUUCGACGAUGAGUCUGUUAAUAAAAGUGUUCCUGCUGGAAGAUACUUUGCUGCCUUGAGAGGAGCUGAACUUGAUCAAGUCAAGGAUUCUGAAGACAUACUUCUUCCUAAACAUGAGCAAUGGCCGUUCCUCCUUCGGUUCCCGAUCGGUUGCUUUGGUAUUUGUCUAGGCCUCAGCAGUCAAGCCAUCCUAUGGAAGUCUCUUGCAACAAGUCCAGCAACUAAAUUUCUUCAUAUUCCACCGCAUAUUAAUCUCAUAAUUUGGAUUUUUGCAGUUGCCAUUCUCUUGUUAAUCUCCAUAACAUAUGCACUUAAAUGCAUAUUCUACUUUGAGGCAGUGAGAAGAGAGUACUUUCAUCCCGUUCGUACGAAUUUUUUCUUUGCUCCAUGGCUUGUUUGUAUGUUUCUAGCAAUUGGUGUACCACCCAUAUUUGCACCCCAACCACUGCACCCAACAAUCUGGUGUACUUUCAUGACACCAGUCUUCUAUCUUGAGCUCAAAAUCUAUGGCCAGUGGUUAUCUGGUGGAAAACGGCGUCUUUGCAAAGUAGCCAACCCUUCUACACAUUUGUCAGUUGUCGGAAACUUCGUUGGAUCAAUCUUGGCAGCGAAAGUUGGAUGGCAUGAACCUGCAAAAUUCUUAUGGGCAGUUGGGUUUGCACAUUAUUUGGUGGUGUUUGUUACUUUGUACCAGAGAUUACCAACAAGUGAAGCUCUGCCUAAAGAGCUGCAUCCAGUUUAUUCCAUGUUCAUAGCAGCUCCUUCUGCAGCAAGUAUUGCUUGGUUUACUAUAUACCAUGAGUUCGAUGGGUUAUCAAGAACAUGCUUUUUCAUUGCACUGUUUCUCUACAUUUCGCUGGUUGUUCGGAUCAAUUUCUUCAGGGGAUUUAGGUUCUCAGUGGCUUGGUGGUCUUAUACUUUCCCAAUGACAACAGUAUCUUUGGCAACUAUUAUAUAUGCAGAGCAAGUCCCUUGUGUUUUAAGCAAAAUCAUUGCGCUUAGCCUCUCCUUCAUGUCUUCUGCAAUGGUAUCUGUAUUAUUUGUCUCCACUCUCCUUCAUGCUUUUGUCUGGCGCUCGUUGUUCCCAAAUGACCUCGCCAUUGCCAUAACAAAGAGAAGAACCAAUGAAGCUGCUAAAGUUUUCAACAAGGUAAAGAAGCCACUGAAAAAAUCGUUUGAUAUACGGCGUUGGGCAAAGCAACCUCCUCCCUCUUUCAUCGACUCUUCGGUGUCAAAUCAUAACACUGUAAAUGAAGAUUCUGAGGGAGAGAAAGAGAUGUCACUUCAUUUGCCCUAAAGUUGAAGCAGUACUAUAUGUGAUGGCCAAUUCAUGAGCCAUAUUUGUACUGAAAUAGUUGUAGUCCACCUGAUGUAAAAUCAGCAGUCAAUCUACUAGCACAUUCAGACACUGUACUGCUUACUCCUGCAUCUCUAAACAUGAGAACCCUGUUUCAUUUCAUAAUAACACAAUACGUACGGCA